GUGUGAGGAGAAUUACUAUUAUUAUUAUUGUUAUUAUUAUUAUUAUUAUUGUUAUCGCCUUGCAGGGUGCGCCGAGGCGGCCUUUGUCGUCAUCAUCAGUCGUAUUGAUCGAGCGCUUACCGUGUGCGGAGCACUGUGCUGAGCGUGUCGCGUUCCCGCCCCUGCAUGUCGCCGACUCGUACUUCCCGAGCGCCCCGCGCCCGGUGAGCGCUCAAUAAAUAGGCUUGAAUGAAUGAGUGAAUGAAUGAAUGAAUGACUGUUGGGGUUGGGGAGGAGGCGCGCCGCUCGGUGAGAAACAAAAGUCCAUUCGUACCAUAGACCCACAACACGCACCACAAACACACAAAGCACACACACACACCACAAACACACAAAGCACACACGCACACACACACGGACGGACCCUCGCACCAUGACAGAAGAAGCGAACGAAGGGCCGGAGGCGGCGGCGGCGGCACCUGGGACAGUUUUUCAUGAAGUGUCUACAAGUUCAAGUCCCGAUUUCCAGACUGCAGUUUCGGUGCUUCAUAACUCUUACUUGGACUCUAAUUCCAAGCAUGCCUUUCAGUACAGCCAAGUGACUUUGGUGAAAAAUGACAUUUUCUUACAUGAGUUUGAAGAUUUCUGCCAGCAGAAAAAAGCGAAAAGAUAUACUGAGGAGGAACUUAAGGAAGUUUAUGGAUUUCUCCAGUUUGACUCUGAGAUUCAGGCAAAAUUGGUGUGUCAGCAAGGACUCCGUGUAGGCAGCAGUACCAUUACUGCCUUGGGCGAUCCAGCAAAAGGUGUAUACAUUUCAAAGUAUUCAGACUACCUUCAUCCAAGACCUUGGUAUAAUGGAAAAUCUGGCUACAUUGUAAUUUUUAAUUUAAUUAAGGGAAAGGACAAGGUCGUGCCUGAGAAUUCCACCCCUAACCCUACGAGUCCAACUUCUGGCUACGAUUGCCAUGUAGCUGCAAGCAUCAACAAGGUUUCCCCCAAGACGAGCCAUUUUCAAGCCUUCGAACUGAGUCAGUAUUACCUCUACGAAAUUUCAGACGGCAGGUUUGUUGAUCGACCCAGACAGAUCUACCCCCGUGCAAUUGUAGCUUUUCAGUACAGAGAACCUAGAAGGAUGUCUGCAUUAACUCCUGAAGACAAAAAUGAGCUUUUCAAAGUACCCACAUCUCCUUGGAAAGGACAGUUAACUAUUGAGAAUCAGCUGGUGUGUGACUUAACCCUCUGGUCCUCUCAUGGUGCAAUGAUUCCGGCGUGGCUACCACCGAAACUGGACAUUAAGUAUGUUAUGCAUGUGUCAUCUUUGAAGAAGAAACUACCCGAAGCUGCAUUUAGAAAAAGCAGUUAUGUGAAGGGAGAAGUCUGUCAUGAAGGCAUUUGCUUCACUUUAUGUGAAAUGGAAAUAUCAAACAAGCAGGGCACCAAGUUGGAUCAGCUAACAGAAUUCAUCAAGAACAAGAAAUUGGCGAUCAUCAAAUGCUUAGAAGGACGAGGAUUCCUUUUCUUACUCACAUCAUCAGCCUUGAUGUGCGACACAGGUGGCGAUGAGAAUGGGCAUAGCACUCUACACACCUUGCUUUUAUUCCCUUCUUCCUCGUCAACAUGUGUGGAAGAAGAAAAAGAAAGGACAUGUGAAGAUGAGGAGGAGGGGAUCUCCAAGCGAGUGGUGUCCAUUUUGCCUGCCCUUCAAUAUGCCUUGCUAGUAGCCAAGAAACCUUCCCAGGAAGAAGGAAUCCAACUGAACACAGUAGUAAAGCAGCAUUUCCAUGAGUUUUCCAAACUUGACAGAAAUUCCUCAACGGCUUCGCAGGAUAUAAUCGACGACCAGUUGUUCCUUUCUUUCGAAACGUUGCCUAGUGAGUUUGAGGUGACUCCAUCUUCCGAAAAAUGCCCUCUGCCCUCAAUAUCCCACCUCCAGUCGUACUUUUCUGCCCCGAAUAGUUACACUUUGGAAGUAUCGCAUGCCUUGGAGUGCUUAUCUGGACGCUCCCCGUCUCCAUUUUCGAUCUCUGAUGAAAUCUGUGACACUGGUUUUUCCCCGUUUACGCCUCUGGACGCCGAGCUUCCCGAGUCAGAGGUAGAAGGAAGAAAUGAAACGGAAGCAAGUAAACAGGGUGAGGACACAGGUCCAACUAGUGAACCCAACGUGGAGCAGUCAAACCCAGCAGCUAACCUGAGGAGCCACCAGAAGAAGAGGAAAGCAAGCAGAUCCACUGAGACUGACACGGAGAAAAACCGGGGUCCCCUGAGAGUGCUCAACUCCAGGGACCGAAAUGAAAACCAGGAAGGAAGUCAAAAUGCAAGGGUGAACUUGUGCUGCCCUUUCCCCAAAAAGCUGAGAAGCGAAGCGAGAGAUGUCCCUAGCUCAGAAACAACCCUGAAGCUAGCCAAAGGGCAGUUUCCCCAGAAAAGGAAAAGAGGUGCUGAAGUGCUGACAGCACAGUUUGUACAGACAACAAAAUCAACCCUGAAAAGCCAAGAAACUUCUGUUUCGGAAGAUGUUCCAGGGGAAGCAAAUGACAAGAAGGUAAAGAAGCAGGAGACGGACCCACCAAAAGCUGUUACUGUCACUAAACAAAUGGUAAAGAAACCAUCACAAAAACAGAGGGGGCAGAUAUUAAAAAGCAGCCAAAAUCCCAGAUCCAGAAAGCAGCCAGACUCAGCUAAGGGAGAAACCCAUUCCCAGCUACCAGCUGAAACAUCCCCAAAAGGUCGAGGAACUGCCGUUGCAGUUCAGAUCCGCACUACUGAUGAAGACCUUCAAGCCAAACCCUUGGGCCGCUGUGAUUCCUUGGCCCUAAAUAUGCUGGCUGAUCUGGCACUGAGCUCCGCCGCUACCACUUCUGCUCACUUAUCCUUUUCCAGUGACCCUCCUGCCCCCUCUGACUUGCCACAGAACAGCGAACCUUGGCUCUCUAAGGAAAAGAGUCCCCAAGGGACUUCCGAUCACGAAUACCACAGGCUGGCUAGAAGCCAGAGUGGAGAACCGGCUUCUAAUACAACACCUGAGCCAUCCUCUGAUGAUUCCAGGAGCGAUGUAACCGUCAGCCAGAGAGAAAAGCGCUUGGGUCCCUCCAGCUCAACGUCAGCAGAUUCUCCUGCCGUUCUCCCUCAGGAGACCCCUGAAGCUAGAGGUACAAACACAAGCUCUUUCAUUUCUGUGGAACAUUCCUAUGCUUUGCUUACUGCCGAACAAUUGAAAAAACACCCACCACAGAAAGGGUCGCAAGUCCCUGCCUUUGCCAAGAAUGGAACGAAAGGCCCUGAAGCAGGGACCCCUGUGGGGAAAGUGAUGCCCUUUCGGCACCAGCAGAAUAUUCCUGUGCAGAAACUCCUUGAGGACACGCUUGUAAAGCCUAAAAGCAGCUCGUUGUCUCCCAGCUCAAAGGAGGAUUUCAGUCACUCACAUACUGUUUCUAGCUGUAACGGAUCCUUUAAGAUUACUUGUAAGUGGGAAGCGGAAUAUGUCUUCAGCUUGGAUAGCAGAUACACCAACAAUCCUUUGGAGAAAACCAUUAUACGAGCUCUACACGGGCCGUGGGAUCCCGAUUUGCCAGAUAACGUGGAAGAAGUGAAACUUAUCCUUCAUAUGUGGGUUGCCCUUUUUUACAGCAGCCAAAACAAAGUCUUAAGUUCCUCCAGAAAAGUGGUAGAACACAGCAACCCUGCCAAGUAUGUGUCCAUAAACAGUACAAUGGAUUCCUCUGAAUUCAGUGAAAUCAGUGAAGAGUCCCUAGGUGAGGAAGGACAUCCUGGAUGCCCAGUACUGGAAGAGGACCAGCCAUCCAGGAAUUCCCAUUCCAAAAUAUCCUUCCCCUGCCCCAACAGCCUACUAUCUUCCAGCAAGCCCGCUCCCUCGAGUGGCUUUGAGUCUUGUGCCCGGGAUGAAUGGGAUGAUCCAUUCUCCAAGGAGGAUCCGCCAGGUGUUCGUGAAUGCCGGGACGAUGCCGUAUCUUGCAGUAAUGAGAUAAAUGGAAAGUGGAUGGAGCAAGAACCCCAUGGAAGGCCAGAGGAUUCUACAAGUGUGCUUUCCAGGGAAUAUUGUAAUCCACACAUCCAGGCUGAAGAUGAGAAAAAUGAAAGCUGUCAGAAAUCCGAGGCCUCAAGCGUUUCUUUUGCAAAAGUUGACAUUGCACAAACUCCAUUCACAGAGACUCCUCAAGAUAAGAUGACCAGUGACCGGUCUGUGGCUAGCACCUCAAAGAACAAAGAGGGGCUACUCUCAAAAGUGGGUGCCUGUGAGAAUUCUGCAGAAGAGCGUGGUCCUAGGAGAAAAGUGGAAGAAUGUCAGGAGGUAGAGAGGAUCCCUGGUGAGAGAUCUCCAUGUACCUCUAUAAAGAAAAAAGUGGUGAGCCAGACUGAUUUAGCCCCAGCUUCUGGUACAGAAUUAAUUAGAAAAGUGUCAUCAGUACCCUCGCGCAAAAGAACCCAGGCAAGAUUACAUGAGGAUUGUAGUGACACCUCAUCUGCUUCUAGGAGGGAACCAGAAGAUGACAAAUACCUCUGUAAUUCCUCUGAAGAGAAAGGAAAACUUGGUAAAGAAAGCUACUCACCUCAGAAACAAUUUAUAAUUUCAAUUUCAGAAACACCAACGGAUAGCACAUUAAUUGAGGCAACAGCCUCACCAACUGCACUUCCUGCCUGCCAGGCGCUCUCCGAUGACAUGAGGUCAAAAGAAGGGUUUCUUCAAAUUCAAGGGUUCCAGAGUGUGUCAUCAUCUCAGAUUCAGCCAGCGGCCUCAUCAUCCUCAACGGACCAAGAAACUGACUCUGUGAGGUGUAUGUCCCCGAUUGCUUCUGUGCCCAUGCAUUUAGAAAAGGAGAGUGAAGAGGGUGAUCUGGGAUGUGCAAGUAUGCAUUUUGAAUCCACUAGCUUGGCAUUUGCCAAAGGAGCUUGCAUACCCAUGGACCAAGAAGAAGCCAUAAUGUUUUCAGAAAGCGAUUCUGAGUUUUCUGAGAUCAAGCUGGCACUUACCAUCUCACCCCCUACAAGUCCACUGCAUGUGCAGGACGAUCCAUUGGAGAAUCAGGAAUUCCAAGAAUACUCUGAAGAACCAGUAGAACUGCCGAGCACAGGGACCUCCCCAGAAGACGAGGAAAUUAAUUCUACUGAUUGUAUUUCGUUUUGUCAUAAAGAGGUGCUGGAACUACAGAAAAGCCAAGAGAGUCGGUAUUUUGACUUGCAGUCCUACAGACUGGGAAAUAGAGAGAAAGCUAAAAUGAUCUUGAAAUCACCCUUUGGGGAAUUAACUGAGACAGAGUCCCCAGCUUCAAGUUCCAAGGAUCCACCUGGUGAAACCUUGCCACCUCAGCAUGCGGUCCCGCGGAUUCUAGAUCUCCACAACCAAGCAUUUGAGGACGUUCCAGAGUCCCCGCUGAUGGGAUCAGCACAACCACUCACCGGGGCAUCAUUGGAGAAUGACACGACAACUCAAGGAAAGCAAGCAAAGAGUUCCACUGAAAUGACCACAUCCCGAAAUAGUCAUCAGGAAGAAAAGGAAAGCCCACCUCUACCCCUGGAGGAAAGAGACUGGGAAGGCAGUCCCACAGUUGGGAAAAGCAGUGGCCUGGGUAAGCUUAAUAACCCUGAGAUUGUGCUGGAGGAACUGACAAAGCCUGAGGAUUCGUGGCCCCCUGAUAGCGAGGCAGACAAAGUGCUAGGGCAGGAAAGUUUGAGUUUAAAAUGUGUCAUUUUGGAGACCUCUGAGCCUCCUUACAAGCUGAGCGAGAGAAAAGAAGAGAGGUUCCUGUGCGUCCCAGCCCUAAUAUCAAGCACCCUUUCACAGCCCCAGGACAGUCCUAGGAGCAGUGAGGUGGACUUUCAGGGCAGUGUCCUGGGGCAGAGAGAACAGGGGCAGUCGCAGGGGCCGUCGCUGAAUUCUGAUAGGGUCAGUCAGAACCCUUUCAUGGAGGCAUGUCCACAGUUAGUGAGCUCCAAAUGUGCUUCCGAGGGCCAUAUUUCACCCACCCGUGGCCCAGGACGAGGACACGAAGAGGCUCAGUUUCAAGAACGAGAAACCCCAGCAUUCCAGAAGGCAAAAUCUCUCCGAAGCACCACUAGCCCCGGCUCAGCCGGCGCCACCGCAUCAGUUGCAGAAGCCAGUGGGCGAAAAACACUUCAGAGCCAAAAGCCACCGGAGCGUGAGAGGAAAGACCCGGACAGUGGCCGACGCCCGACAGACAGCCCCAACGCAGCCCUCGGGAGCCCACCCAUCAGAGGAGCCGAGAUGGCCGAGGAGGUCAGUGGAAGAGGGCUUCCCACUUCUUCUGUUCCAAAGGCUUCGGGAUCGUCUGCCUGCCGAGACAACGUGGCCCGUGGAUGUCCCGUAAGGGAACUUGAGGCUGAGCCUGCUGCCAAGCCCCUGGGCGGAGAUGGGGCUCUGAAUUUGAACUCUGACUUUUAUUCUACACCUCUUUCUGCCAAAGCCCCCAGCCAGAAAAGUUUCGGAGGUGCUAAAAAGCACAAGCUCUGCUCAGAGGAGUCUAGCAUUUUGAGAACUAGGAGACGGGCGGAAGCCGCUACAGCUAAUUAUGACUCUGUGGUGAACUCAGACAGAAGUGACGGGGAGGGCUGGGACUACGCCAGCAAAGCUCCAGGGCCCUCAGCAGGCCCUCAGCAAGGAAGUUGUAUUCCUGAGCCGAGAGAAAAAGAGCGAUCCGUCCCCUUUCUCGUGAACAUUCGAGAUCACCACGGCAUCUCCAGGGCGUACGCCAACUUUACCAUAAUCAAGAAGGUCAAAGACAACACUAGGACUUUGCAGGUCCUGAAAAAGGAACCAAGUGUCCCAUCUGAAUCCUGCCUGAUUAGCUCCUGGCCCGGUACAAUCUCACCAUCUCCUGACAAUCCCACCCAAAAUACGUUAGACUUGGAAUACCUACGUUUUUCGUAUAAACUCAGACAGAUAGUGAGGAAUCCGAAGUCACUGUUUCCUCCCUCCCCCCACAUCCCGCCGACGGAAUCCCCCUCCCCUUCAGGGGUUGAGACUUUCCCUUUGACGGAAGAGCCCGAGGCCCCUAGUCUGCGGCACCCGGCCUACAGGAGCCGAAGCCCCCUGAAAGUCACCAUCGCAUCUUCAGAGUCCCAGAGAGGCGGUUCCGGGUGGUCCCCGAGGAAGCAGCACGACGAUCUGAGAAUCAGGUCAGAUGGGCCCGGCCGGAACCUUCCAAAGUCCGGAAGAGGUCCGUCCCACCCCGUCCACCUCAAGAAACUGAGCUACGACGGGAAACUGAACGAGUCCCAGAAUGGCAUCUCACUCAUCCUCAGCGAAUUCACCGAAUUUAACAAGGUGAUCAUGAGCAGCAGCCAACAGAGCCUCCAGGAGAACUCGUCGAACGUCGCCCACGGCGAGGCCGCGGCCCAAGAAACGGUGCUCCUGGUGGGCCCGAGAAGGCCCGUGUCCUUGGAGAACUUGAUCACGGACCUGUGUACUAACCUGCACAACAAACUAGGAAGCGUCAUGAAAGAGGUGUGCAAAAGCACCUUCAUGUUUUACCUUAUCGAAACGGAAACAGACGGUUCUUUCUUCCUGAGAGCGAAGAACUUACUGAGGAAAGCGGGCCACGUGGAAGUCGAGCCUCUGCAUUUCUGCGAGAUGCUGCACGGAGACGACAGCAGCAGCAGCAGCCCACUGGUCAUUUUCAUCAGAAACGAGGACAUAGCCACGCACAUUCACCAGAUUCCAGGUCUGUUGAAGCUCAAGCACUUCCCCAGCGUCAUCUUCGCCGGUGUGGACAGUCCAGAGGAUGUCCUGGGAAGCACCUACCAGGAGCUCUUCUGUGCGGGAGGAUUUGUGGUCUCGGACAACAAAGUGCUAGAUGCCAUGACACUAGCCGAACUGAAGGACGUCAUCAGAGUCAUGGAGAGACUGAAUGAAAACGGAAGGUGGAAGUGGCUGCUUCACUACCAAGAAAGUAAAAAACUCAGAGAAUACGACAGGAUGGAUUCGAUUGUGCGUAAGAAGAAUUCAAUCUUGAAAUCGUGCCUAGGCACGAACAUGAUCGAAGUGCUUCACUACCACCAGUGUGACGCGCACCCGGCGUCGAAAUCUGAGGCUCUGAAAUGCCUGCUGGGUCUGCAGGUCCAGCACAUCGGGGCACGGUUCGCCGUGUACCUGACAGAGAAGCCUGCCGCGUCCAGUGAGUCGUUUGAAAGCAGCGGGAUCCUCGUUACCGACGUGACUACCUUUGUGGCAGCUCUCCCGCAAGCGGCGGCCCCUUUCAAAAGCAGCUACUGGAAUAAGCGCUCGGCUGCUCCUGCUGGAACACUUCUGGAUGCAGUGUUCCUAAGGCUUACUACAUUGGAAGAAAAAUAGGUGUGUGGCAUUGUCUGUUUUUAGUCUUAAUGUAAAUAAGGUAUGUAAAGCGCAUGUUACGGUCUGGAGGUUUUUGUACAUUAUACCUACUGUGUGGAAAACUGCUAAUUUAAACCGUCAGUUGGAUGCCGUUAAAGCAACACUACAUUAAGUUAAAUAUUUUUUCCCGGACGAUACCAUUUUCUCAGCAGCCCCUUUUCACUGAACGAAACCCUGUAAAUAUAGCGAGACUGUAUGGUUAGCAAGGUGAGGCAGAGCCCCCCCCCCCCCCCCCCCCCAUAUUUAUGGUACUUUAACAGUUGUCUUUGAAAACUCCAGAGGUAAAUUAACCACACAUUUGUAAGAGAGGUUGCUUAUCUGUGGGGAAGACAGGUUUUGUAACUCAUCUUUCCUUUUUUAAAAUAAAGGAACCUCAAUCCA